AUGGUGGCUGACCAGCUGCCUCAUUCGAAAACAUCCAACGUCUGGCCGAAUUCCAGAAUAGGUGACGAGCUGGGCUGGUGCUGGUUCAGCAGAGUGGCCUAGCCUCACUGGAGGAGCCUGUUAAUUGGAGCUGAGAGGAUUGUCUUAAAAUGGAAAGUUACGACAGAAGCCGCUGUCCAUCUCUCUAAUAUUAGACCUCAGAGGAGCCUACCUACACAAGCAACCAGCAAAGAGGUAGUGCGGUGGUCAUCUUAUCCAGAAGGUUCAUGGUAGAGAAAUAGGCUUAACUUCAACAAACAAGAUAAAGUACUAACGGCAGCCAUGUUGGUAUGGUAUGGUACAGUAUCUGGCCCCGUGUAGCUCAGUUGGUAGAGCAUGGCGCUUGCAACGCCAGGGUUGUGGGUUCGUUUCCAUGAAAAUAAAAAUAAAAUAAAAUUAUGCACUCACUAACUGUAAGUCGCUCUGGAUAAGAGCGUCUGCUAAAUGACUCAAAUGUAAAUAUACAGUGGGGAAAAAAGUAUUUAGUCAGCCACCAACUGUGCAAGUUCUCCCACUUAAAAAGAUGAGAGAGGCCUGUAAUUUUCAUCAUAGGUACACGUCAACUAUGACAGACAAAAUGAGAAAAGAAAAUCCAGAAAAUCACAUUGUAGGAUUUUUUAUUAAUUUAUUUGCAAAUUAUGAUGGAAAAUAAGUAUUUGGUCAAUAACAAAAGUUUCUCAAUACUUUGUUAUAUACCCUUUGUUGGCAAUGACACAGGUCAAACGUUUUCUGUAAGUCUUCACAAGGUUUUCACACACUGUUGCUGGUAUUUUGGCCCAUUCCUCCAUGCAGAUCUCCUCUAGAGCAGUGAUGUUUUGGGGCUGUCGCUGGGCAACACGGACUUUCAACUCACUCCAAAGAUUUUCUAUGGGGUUGAGAUCUGGAGACUGGCUAGGCAACUCCAGGACCUUGAAAUGCUUCUUACGAAGCCACUCCUUCGUUGCCCGGGUGGUGUGUUUGGGAUCAUUGUCAUGCUGAAAGACCCAGCCACGUUUCAUCUUCAAUGCCCUUGCUAAUGGAAGGAGGUUUUCACUCAAAAUCUCACGAUACAUGGCCCCAUUCAUUCUUUCCUUUACACGGAUCAGUCGUCCUGGUCCCUUUGCAGAAAAACAGCCCCAAAGCAUGAUGAUUCCACCCCCAUGCUUCACAGUAGGUAUGGUGUUCUUUGGAUGCAACUCAGCAUUCUUUGUCCUCCAAACACGACGAGUUGAGUUUUUACCAAAAAGUUAUAUUUUGGUUUCAUCUGACCAUAUGACAUUCUCCCAAUCCUCUUCUGGAUCAUCCAAAUGCACUCUAGCAAACUUCAGACGGGCCUGGACAUGUACUGGCUUAAGCAGGGGGACACGUCUGGCACUGCAGGAUUUGAGUUCCUGGCGGCGUAGUGUGUUACUGAUGGUAGGCUUUGUUACUUUGGUCCCAGCUCUCUGCAGGUCAUUCACUAGGUCCCCCCGUGUGGUUCUGGGAUUUUUGCUCACCGUUCUUGUGAUCAUUUUGACCCCACGGGGUGAGAUCUUGCGUGGAGCCCCAGAUCGAGGGAGAUUAUCAGUGGUCUUGUAUGUCUUCCAUUUCCUAAUAAUUGCUCCCACAGUUGAUUUCUUCAAACCAAGCUGCUUACCUAUUGCAGAUUCAGUCUUCCCAGCCUGGUGCAUGUCUACAAUUGUGUUUCUGGUGUCCUUUGACAGCUCUUUGGUCUUGGCCAUAGUGGAGUUUGGAGUGUGACUGAGGUUGUGGACAGGUGUCUUUUAUACUGAUAACAAGUUCAAACAGGUGCCAUUAAUACAGGUAGCGAGUGGAGGACAGAGGAGCCUCUUAAAGAAGAAGUUACAGUUCUGUGGGAGCCAGAAAUCUUGCUUGUUUAUAGGUGACCAAAUACUUAUUUUCCACCAUAAUUUGCAAAUAAAUUCAUUAAAAAUCCUACAAUGUGAUUUUCUGGAGAAAAAAAUUCUCAAUUUGUCUGUCAUAGUUGACGUGUACCUAUGAUGAAAAUUACAGGCCUCUCUCAUCUUUUUAAGUGGGAGAACUUGCACAAUUGGUGGCUGACUAAAUACUUUUUUUCCCCACUGUAUCUCUAUCUGGGAUCCAUUCACAUGUUUAGCUGCUAAUGUUUAGCUGAUCAUGUAUGUUUUUGCAGUGCCGUAGAGGGUCUUUAUCGGGAAAGAAACAGCUUCAGAGCAUCAGUAUGAGAGAGUAUUCCUUUCCUUUGAUUUCACUGUAUAGUCACGUUGCUAUGAUCAAGUCUAUUUCUCUAUUUACACAGAAAGCGAGCGCGCACGCCCGCACGCACGGACACACACACGGUUAAUAUGCAGUGUGGUCAGUCAUUCCUUUAUUAUAGUGCCAGCGGCCUCACAAAAAGGCCUCAAGUCUGGUAAAGUAAUCACUCCUGACAGCUGGUCAGAGUGAUGCUUCCUCCUUGCCGUAAUUAAAGCAGACCCCUGUAAUUGGGCAAUGAUUUAAGUCAUCGUCCCGUUAGGAGGUCAAGCAGGACAUGGAAGGAUUCAUUGCUCUACAGUGUAACAUCUCAGUCACUUUUUGUUCAACAUUACAGCUCAGUCAACCAGGUGUGUUUUGGCGCUAUUUUACAACCUAAUACUGUUCCUGAUUUAGUGCCGAAAGAGGAUGAACUCUUCCGUUUCCAUGGGCGUUAUGACAUUUCAUAUUUCAACAUGUCCGUUUCUCCGGGUAGGGUUUUAGGUUAGGCACAAACACACCUUGGCCCUAACCCACCAACCCUAACCUUCACCUUAAUCCUAAACCUAACCUUAAACCUGCUCUUAACUAUGAACCUUAUCUCUAUCUCAAAACGUAACCCAAAGGAGAGGUGAAUGGGUGAAUCCAGUGGGGUUAAAUGGGUGAAUCCAGUGGGUGAAUGGGUGAAUCCAGUGAGGUGAAUAGGUGAAUCCAGUGGAUGAAUGGGUGAAUCCAGUGAGGUGAAUGGGUGAAUUGGUGAAUCCAGUGUGUGAAUGACUGAAUCCAGUGAGGUGAAUUGGUGAAUGGGUGAAUCCAGUGGGUGAAUGGGUGAAUCCAGUGAGGUGAAUCCAGUGGGUGCAUGGGUGAAUCCAGUGGGUGAAUGGGUGAAUGCUGUGCUGAAUGUAGCUGAUCACUCAUCCUCUGUGAUGGACAGUGAGCCUCCCCUGGAGCUUUCUCAUCCCACUGUCACACGACAAUGGAUGUUCACUUUAACUAGGUGAUACCUGCUAGAGCCUGCUUACCCCACAGGCAGUAAGGGUGAUCGGCAGCACACUCAGCAUGCUUUCUACCAAAGCACUUUGUACUUAGAGUUCAUUUCAGACUAAAGCCAAUGUACUAUACUAAACUUGACAUGCUAUGAUAUUUUGGAUGGUUGCAAGAUAUGUAAUGACUAGGUGAAAAAUCUGUCAUGUGCACUUGAGCAAAGCAAGUGCACUGCUCCUGUAAGUCGCUCUGGAUAAGAGCGUCUGCAAAAUGAAAAAAAUAUGUAAAUGUAAUAAAGCACGUACAAUUGAUUGUUAAUGGUAAAUACAUGCGUAAGAUCUGUGAAAUUGCAUUUUGGUAACAAUUUCCCAAAGCAUAUCCUGACAAAAAACAUAAUCAUAUUAUGUGAAGCUUCUAUAAAUGGCUUGUAGCUGUAAUAUUGGUUAUGAAUGUUGUAGGUUUUCAUAAAGUUACGAUUAUAUUAUAAAUGUCUGCUCUGAAUUUAAAAACAAUAAUUAAAUUACAAUUUGAUAGAGUUAUCUCUAGGUCCAUCAUUACAGUGUACUUGAGGUGUGUUCUCAGAAACAACGCAGCAGGAUGCGACACCUAUUCUGACUUAUUGACAGUUAAAAAGCAACGUAAAUUGUCGAAAGUGCCUCAAGGUCAAAGUUCAGUGUUCCCCUGGAUGGAUUUGUCCUGAAGAGGCUUAUUUAUGGCAGUAAAAAUGUAUAACAUGCUAGGGCUGGUAAUCCUCUUGUCAGCUUGGGGAGCUGAGUGGAAACCACCACAGAACAGUUCAGGGUUCAGGUCCACACCAGCCCUUUAACAGGAAGGAGGAGGAAGCAACAAUAAGAGAGCUGCUCUACCACCCACCCAGAGCAUGGAUAAAGCACAUUGUGUCAGUCUGGGAGUUGGACGUCCAGUAGGCCAGUGCUUGUGCCCAUAGAAAUGAACAUGGCACGUGCGCGCAGGGGGGGCGCGGGAUGUUCCCCAAUGCUAGAAGGGGGUUCCAGAGUGAAAAGGUUUCAUUGUUACGUGUUCCCAAACCUUUUCACUCUGGAACCCCUUCUAGCAUUGGGGAACAUCCCGCGGAGAGAAUUUUGCACGUUUAAAGCUUAUUUCCUACAAUUCUACAGAUUUUGUCAUGGGCUAAUUUUUUUGCAAAUCUAUACAUUUUGCCAUGUCUAACAUGUACUCGUGAUAUUUGAGUGACUAAAAAAUUAGAACAAAAUCUAUGGGCUAAAAAACCUAAAUAAAAAACAGCUGACAUGGGCUAGUUGAUCUGGAAUUUUAUAAAUAACUCUCUAAGGUAUGCAAUGACUAACAUGACAAGAGGAACUGAUUAUGCACUAUCCAAUUUCGAAAUUCUACUAUUACAACUUUCAAGAGUAUGUUUAAAGCCAGACGGAGUAAAUAAAAUAAAUAACAAUAGCCUUGCUUGGCAGACUGUGAGUGUGGCGCUUCAAAGAGGAUCUGGUGUGAGCUAGCCUGAACAGAGUGAGCAUUGUGUGGACGGCACAGAAAAUCUAGCCUCGUCUGGGAGCUGAGAGACUGAGGAUCAGGGUAACAGGGACACUGACUGGACACUAUAGGGCCGUAGGUCGACGGGCCCCGCUGACUGACUGACAGAUGAGGCUCCAGAAGGGCCCUAAUAGGAUGAGGCUAGGCCCCCACCACGUGGCCAGGGAGGGAUUACGCUGAGCGAGCAGAAGGUAAACAGAUUAUUCCCGAAACUGAACUUGCUUUUUGAACCUCGUCACCGUUAUCACACUUAUACCGACAGUGGAGUAACUUGGAGUUCCUUUCCAUGCCCCCUCACCUUGGCACCUUUUUCAAUCCUUCGUCCAGGUCUGCAGGGAUCAUUGACUGACUCAAAGAUCAAACCAGGAUUCUAACUCCAGGAUUCUAACUCCAGGAUUCUAACUCCAGGAUUCUAACUCCAGGAUCUAACUCCAGGAUUCUAACUCCAGGAUUCUAACUCCAGGAUUCUAACUCCAUCUGCUAAACCCUAACUGGAGCCAAGACAAUAGUGCACUUCCCCUCUUUUGGAUCUAGAGCCUAGAGACUUUGUCACCAGCGACAAUAUAUUUUUCCUCAUGGACUCGAGAUAAAGGUUUUGAGUGACUUUCCUUUGGUUUCCAAAUGAAAACUUUUUGGCUCUGAAAGGACCUAAACUAGUCCAUCAUGCAUUUGAGAACGGGACUGUUCCUCACCCUAUUUCUCUUUACCCUUGCAGCCCCACGAAUCAAAGGUAAGCUCUCACUCCAGGGACCUGUCUGGCUUGUUGUUUUGUUUCCUGUCGCACAGUGUAAUUGAAGUUAAAUUAUGCUGUGUUCUUUCACAAUGAGGGAGAUAUGGUGUGCAUGCUUGAGUACAGUACAUUCUUGAAGGUUCUGAUCAGAGGGCAGAACCAUUGUGGUAUGACAAAUUGACUAUUCGCAAAUCUCUCAUUAAAAGUUUUUACAAAGGUUGUGACCUGCUUGCUGCAUUACGUAAGAGGACUUCCACAGAGAGCAGUGUGAUCCACUUGACUUCGACCUACACUCAAUCAAGGGCCACAGCAUUUACAGCUGCUUUAGCCAGCAAAUACAGCAUCAGCUCAUCCUACCUGUCAAACUUGAAUCCAUGUAUUUUUUUGCAUUGAUUUGAAUAUACAUUCCUAUAGAAAUGUAAUAAACCUGGAGGGAAAACUGUUAGGCCACAUUACACAAGUCACUAUUGGUUACAUUGAGCUAGGUGAUCCCCAUGAACACAUUUUCUAAAAUUCUGCAAAACCUUUGCAUUAGCCGACCUCUGUUGGGUCCAGAUUCUGGCUGGAUUGUGUCUUCGGUCCGUUCAUUAUCCCAAAAGAAACAAAGGCAUUCUGUUCUCAGUGGUGCUCGACACUAAUCUUUUCUGGCUUGUAGCUCUGCUCUGUGAGGCCCUCAAUGUAGUGUUCCGCAUUAGGGGCCAUUUCCCCUGCAGGCCCUCAUGCUAGCCCAUGUGCAUGUCAGAAUCUUCAUUCCUCACUGAGCACAUUUCACAUUGUGUCUUAUUUGUUUGUCAAUAUGUUCUCUAAUUGGAGAAUAAGUCUGGGUUUUGCGGCUAAUAGUCCCCAUUCUGAACCUAGCAUUUGAUCUUUGAGGUUUAUUGCUGUCUAGUUGGGGUUGAGUGUUUGGGUGGUUGUGGUGGGGGCAAAUGUCUUUGGCAUUGGGCAGCGACUGCCCCACUUUGAGUCAAACAAUGGAUCACAGAUCACCCACACAUUAUUGGCAUAGAUUUCUCUGUAACGGGCCAAAUUGGGACCGGCAGCACCUUUGAUCAAAAUAAAUAUUGAUCCUUAUUACGGUUGGUAUGUGUAUGAUAUCACACUUCAAUUAACCCAAUGUUUCUGUGACAAUGGGAACUGGAUAUCCUGGUACUGGACAGUGAGAGACACAGACUAUAGUGUUCUGACUAAACAAGCUAGUUUUGUGAAUUACCAUAUCAGACAGCCUGGAUUAGCAGUGUCUGUCUACCAACCAUCUCAUCUACUGAGUUUAUACAUUGUAAUCUCUCAAACAAGGCACUUUCUGGCCACCUCUCCGUGGUCAAAGUAUAUAAAUCGUUUUCACUGAUUUCUUUGUGGCCUCUACUGUCUAAUCCCCCUAGCCUCUGUUAGGAACUCAUUGAGCCAGGGGCUUAAUGUCUUAAAUGUCCAAUGCAACCGUUUUUUUCUAAUUUCUGGGUAACAAUUAAGUACCUUACUGUGAUUGUGUUCAAUAGUCCAAAAUAAACAAAAAUAGCUUCUUAGCAAAAAGCUAUUUCUCAAGCAAGAAUUUAGUUAGGACUGUCUGGGAUUGGUCUGAAUGAGGGACCUAAUUGGAGGAGCCAAAUGGGAGGGAUAUGUAACCUGAAAACGAGCUAUUAUUGGCAGAGAGGUUUGAAACUCUCUUUGUUAUUGGUCUAUUAACUUAUACCGCUUGGUGAUGUCGCCAGGCAGGCCAAAACUCCACCCCUGCAAAACUAGCAGAUAUUUUAGGCGGUCUUUUCAAACAGCUCUUACACUAUUAUUCCAACUUCGUAGAAAUAGAUAUAUAAAACACAAGAAAAUCCCAUUUUUGACUGCACUUCCCCUUUAAGAAAGCCUCUGGAGUUUACCACCUGGUUCCUGUAAAGCAUGCCUUAAAAAAUUAGCUCACUUUGAAUGGAGUGACUGUAUUCACUGGCCUAAUUGUCGUUCAUAACACCAUGGCACUACCUUGCUGCGACGGACAAGACUGUGAAAUGGGGGAAGUGGAGAUCUUGUGUUUCCUGAAUAAAGUAAAGCCAGCUAGGUCUGACUCUAAUACGGCACUGGUCUGAAGGACUUUGAAAUAACAUUGGUCAGUCAUAAUUGUUACAGUUAAGGUGAUCUAACCUGUUAUUGUCCUACUAUGUCAUUCACAAACAACCACUGACAAAUUGUAUUUGUCACAUGCGCCGAAUACAACAUGUGUAGACCUUACAGUGAAAUGCUUACUUACAUGCCCUUAAACAACAAUGCAAUUUUGUAAAAAAUGUAUAACAAAAUUAUUAAAAUAACAAAUAAUUAAAGAGCAGCAGUAAAAUAACAGUAGCGAGGCUAUAUACAGCGGGUACCGGUACAGAGUCAAUGUGCGGAGGCACAGGUUAAUCGAGGCUAUAGCUUUAUGAAGAGUCAUUGUACAAGGAUAUGAUGUCAUUCGAAACAAAUGCUGAGCAUUGAUGACUUUCAAUCAAACACUUGCUCUUGAAUCCCUUUGGAGAUGCUCAACAUGAACUAGUUUCAUUGUGCUUCCAAAAUUAGACUUAGUAUCCCCUCAGUGACAGUGAGGGACAGUGAGGGACAGUAGUCCACUUAGAACGCUGGACAGUGGCCAUUAGGUACAGUAAAGUCUUGACUGUUUUAGUAGCUACCAUUUUAAAUACUCUUCUGAGUCAGUUCAGGUUAGCCUGAGACACUGUUUGGGAAAGAAAGCAGCAUACAUCUUCUGCAUCUUAUAUUGCCAAAUGACAAAAAAUAUAUACACGGAUUGGUGCAGUGAAAUGUGUUGUUUUACAGGGUCAGCCAUAGUAGUACGGCGCCCCUGGAGCAAAUUAGGGUUAAGUGCCUUGCUCAAGGGCACAGACAGAUUUUUCACCUUGUCGGCUCUGGUAUUUGAUCCAGCGACCUUUGGGUUACUGGCCCAACACUCUAACUGCUAGGCUACACUAUAUUUAGGCAUAUUUGGCCAAAAAGGUAUGGUAAGAUAACCAUUUCUAAUAUGUAUUUUGUAGACCUACAGGUCCAAGAUUUGUCUGGAAUCCGAGAUGUCAAAUACAGACACUUCCUAGAGAGUAUAAGACCAGUCAAACACACCACCAAUGUCAAAAUGAUAAAGGACCUGGACAGGCACCGGACGAAGAGGUCGACGUUCUUCACCACAGGGGUGAAAAUAUGUCCUCAAGAGAAGAUGAAGGAGGUCAUCUCCAGCCAUCGGGCCUACUACAAACUUAGAGGUAAGGGCAUGGUGCUAGCGGCGCAAAGGUUGUGGGUUCAAUUCCUGCUGGGGUCACAUACGCAAAAAAUGUAUGCACUCCCAGUACUGUCGCGUCGGAUAAAAGUGUCUGCUAAAUGGCAUAUAUAAGGGCGUGGAUCUAAUGAGAACAGGAAAAUAUCAUAUAAAUCCUUAAUAUUCAUAUUGCACUAACUGUAAGUCGCUCUGGAUAAGAGCAUCUUCUAAAUGACUAAAAUGUAAAUAGUCAUGGGACACCUUCAGACAGUGGGAUGAUUAAGCUAGUCUAAAAACAGUGGCUCUGAACUAUGUCCUAUUUUCCUAGAGAGAUAAAGGAGUUAAACAGAAAAUCUCUCACUAAAUUUAACAGUUUAAUAAAUAAUUGCUGGCUUUUAAGUUAUGGUUGAGACUUUACAAUGUGGGAGAAGUUUAACUUCUUAAUCACACAAUAAUAUAGAUGUUCACUUAAAUCCUUUCAUAAGCCCUCGGAAAGUCAUGUUAUGCAGAUUUUAUGCAUAGAUUCUGUUGAGUGACUGGCUAAAUUCAGGGACGGAGUGACAUUGAGGUGAGGGUAUUCAAACAGUGAAUAUAUCGUGGAAAUAAUAACUUGCGAAAUGCAAGAGAAUGUCUCGCAGGCGUAAACAUAUUGGAUCAUUCAAGUGGUUUGUUGCUCCUCAUAACAGAAGUAAACACAACAAAAGCUUUAGGGCUUUUUGUGAUUCAUGUUUCUAACAUUCCCGACCAUCAGGGACGAGUACAUUUCGUUCCCGCAUUGGGAAGUGACAUUUAACUGAUACAUUAUUCAAAGCUGUCCAAUCAUAUUAACGGUAUGCGUCAAAAUAGUUAGUCCAAACCUAGGCCGUAAUGAAUCCAUUAUUGAGUCUUGUCUUACACGUAUGCGCUAAUGAGAUGCAAAUACAUUGACUUGCCAUUUAGUCUAUAUGCUAAGAGUUGUUCUCACACAGGUCUUUAUUCAGCAUUCUGAUAUGUUUGACUAUACUUUUAGUUUGUCAGGAAGCGAUAUGGGAGGCUUUCCGUAUCUUCUUGGACAGGGUUCCUAACUCCGAGGAGUACAAACACUGGACCUACGCCUGCCAGCAUGGCUCUCUCUGUCUGGACGAGGUGGCCAGGAACUUCAGCAGUACACAGGAACACAUUGACAUGGUGGCCAGAGUGAGUAAUAAAACCUUCAUGCAUUUCCAUGCAUCAUAGUAAUAAGAGUAACAUUGAGGGGUAAUAACAGUGAUGAAGAUAUAGUAUGUUAUUCUAUAUUUUGAAUUUGAGUGUCGGUUUGUUUUUUAGAGAGUUGCUGAACAGGAGAAGAUCCAGAAAGAAAGGUAGGUAGAGCAAAUGUUGGAGAAAUUGUCGAUGUUAUUUAGAGAUAUCACAAGAAGUAGGCCUGCAAUGUUUAAAUCAAACUGAUGCUCAACACCCUUCCGGCAUGAAUUUUCAACUGACUACCUUAUUUUAUCAAUUGUAUUCUAAUGUAAUAUGGUGUUUGAAAACAAAAUAGAUGUUAAAAAAAUCUUAAAUCAAUGUUUCAUACCCCAUUGUUAUUUUAGCUUUCACUACAAAGUUCUAAAAUGGCUAGCAACCAUCUCCAGAGACAAACUUCUCUAAACAGUUGUUCAGAAAGGUUUAAAUUAUAAUAGUAAAAAGUAAUCAUGACCAAAAACACUCACUCGCUGUUGCAGCAAGGAUCAUUAUUGUUAUUUUAUUGUGUUACUUUUGAUUUAUAUUGUUUUAUUGUAUUUUUUGCAAAUAUUUUCUUACUUUAGGGUUUGUAAGUAAACAUUUCACGGUAAGCUCUACACCUGUUGCAUUCAGCGCAUGUGACAAAUACAAUUUGAUUUGAUUUGAUUUAAUUGGUAGAAGGCAAAAACAGGUCAACUCAAAUAACCCUCCUCAGCUCUCUAAACUGAUGGAGCCUGUACACCUGGUGGCCUGAGUUAACAUACAACUCUGACCUGACCCACCUUCUCUGUGGAUCACAGCCCAAACAACUUGGGUGACAGGAUGAUCAUGGUAGGAUUCUGGACCAAGGCCUAGAGAGCAAGAAACCACCUUUUGACCUUUUGUACAUUUUGUAAUUGUUGUCAAAUUUGUAUUCUUGAUUUCCAGCAGUGAAGUACCAAGAGCUGGAGGAACUGAGAUCGAGAAAUGUAAGUACUCCACAUUCAUCCAUACAUUAUGCUAAAUGUAAUAAUACAACAUCCCGGAAUUAAUGCACAACGCUUACUUUGUAGGCUCAAAAACUCCAUCAGAACUGUUUAGCAUUCCGAAUGAAGCAGGGGACGUAAGUUCAAUCAUAUUUUCUGAGGGCUACCUUGCCUUGGCUUUAUAAUCUUGGUUGAACAUUGACAGUCUCGUUGAUUGAAAAUGACAUCGCUGCUUUUGCUUUCCACAGAUAACAGAGAUUCCAAACAUUGUACCAGAGGAGGCGGUUAUUGAGGAGCAGAUAGUGGAGUUCAGUGUCACCAUAGCAGACCCUGGCUACAGUGAACUUCUUCUGAGAGACCCUGCAGCUCCCCAGUACCAUGACAUCACACGCGAUCUCCACGAUACGGUGAGGCGAACUGGGAGGAUUUGUCCUUGAAAAGUCUUAAUAACUAUGAACAAAUAAAUUAGCCUUUGUUGCAGAGAUGGGUUUAGUGAACUACACAAUGACUAACCUUGACUGAGGCCUGUUGACUCAUUUUAGCUCCCAGAGCUAAUGCCUAGGCUUUAGCUCAAUGGGCUAACAUAGGUGGGCGGCGCACAAUUGGCCCAGCGUCGUCCAAGGUAGGGGAGGGAAUGGCCGGCAGGGAUGUAGCUCAGUUGAUAGAGCAUGGCGUUUGCAACGCCAGGGUUGUGGGUUCGAUUCCCACGGGGGGCCAGUAUAAAAACAAUACAAAAAUAAAAAUAUGUAUUCACUAACUGUAAGUCGCUCUGGAUAAGAGCGUCUGCUAAAUGACUAAAAUGUCAUGUAAAUGAGUCACCCAGAUGACUCAGGUAUGAUACCUGGUGUGUUAGAUUACUAAGACAUUCACAUAUGUAAGAAUUUAUUAUAUCACACUCUUUAAGGUAAUACCUUUAUUGAAGAACUGAUUGUUGGCCACAUAAUUAGGUAGGCCUUGUGUGGGACAAUCCUUAUAAUGCCUCAUUGUAUAUUGCUUCCAUAGGCAUAGAUAGCCAUUACACAGAGGGAAAUGUGAGCAGUGAUUUGAGAUAAUCACAAGCUCCUUCAGCAAAAGAGUUUUGCAAAGGAUUGCAAAUGUCUCAAGUCUUUUGCAGGCAUACAAUAUUUGUGAAUUAUUAUUUAUUUCCACCAUGAAUGCCUUUUCCUAGUCUAGAAUUUCUAACAUCCCAAAUGAGCUUGUGCUUUUUAAGAAGCUUAUGAUAACGGUAAAUCCAGCAGUGUAUUGGGCAACAUCAAAAGACUGAAUUGGAUUUGUAACCCCAGCUCAUGAAUGAUUCCUAGAGAAAAUGCAUGCCUUCCGGAUAAAGAAGAAAUUCACAAAGGUCUGUUGACGGCACAUAGAUUAUUCUACAGUGAGAGAUCCAUAUUAUAAUGCAAGCUAUUUCUCUGUGUUGGUUAUAUAUUUUCCAUUUGUGUGAUGUUAUUUUGUUUAGAAUGAUUAUUGCCCCAGAGAGAAUGCUGCAUAAAUCUAAGAAAGAUGUGUUAUGUAAACAUAACCAUCAAAUGUCUCUUUUCCACAGAUGGUUCACGUUUUUGACAAACUUCCUGGGUAUAAAGAUCUUCGUGUUUUGGGAUUUCGGUUGGUUGAAUUUAGGUAGGUUGUUCAAGGAACUGUGAAGGUACUAACAAGUCAGCCAAAUAUUUCAUUCCAUUGAACAGGCUCCAUUUGACAUACAUACUCGCUGCGCAGAGUGAUGCUGUCUCAUUAGCAAAGGAAUAACAAAACAGUGUUCCAUUAGUCAGAGGUCUUUCAAACUUUGGCAUUUGCUAUAUUUGCUCAAAUGCUUAGAUAAGAAAUGCUGUGAGAAAUACAUACUAUUUCCCUAAUAUAAGCUCUGCUUUGUUGACAGAUCUGAUGAUGUGUCAGUCCGCUAUGCUGUGGUGUUUGAGACGAGUGGAGAAGACCAUGACAAAGAAUCUAGAACCACUCAAGAACCAGGCACAGGGACAGUUGUUUACACAAACGGGCACAGACUGAAGGAUCUGGUUUCCAAGGCCUUGAGCGAGGAGACGUCCCUGCCUGUGGACAUACAAACACUCAGUUUUGAACCUGGUAAGCUUAAUUUAAAGCUCAGGUCAACUGGGAUAUAAUCUUUGAGGAGAUGCUAACUUUAAUAUUUUCCCUUCAGAUCCGACUUUUUCUCUACGCGAGGAGUUGGAGUCGACCACCUUGGAGACCUUGCUAGAGGAGUUUGUCGGGCACACCGAAGGUUUCUUACCAACUGUUGCUGUCGGAGAGGACUAUCUUGAGGCUUUUACAGACACACCUGAGGAACUCACUGUUGUGCCUUUAAGUGACUCAGUUACUGUUCUUCUCACUGAGGCUACCACUGCCUCCCCUGCCAUUGAAGUAACCCCCAAUACUCCCCCAGAGGGACUUAGUGAGAGUCCUCCCUCAGUAGAAGUAGAGGAGCCUCCAGUGGCGGCUACAGAGGAGAUGCUUGAGGUAGAGGAGCCUCCAGUGGAUGUUACAGAGGAGACGAUUGAGGUAGAGGGACCUCCAGUGGAUGUUACAGAGGAGACGAUUGAGGUAGAGGAGCCUCCAGUGGAUGUUACAGAGGAGACGAUUGAGGUAGAGGAGCCUCCAGUGGAUGUUACAGAGGAAACGAUUGAGGUAGAGGGGCCUGCAGUGGAUGUUACAGAGAAGACGAUUGCGGUCAAGGAGCCUCCAGUGGAUGUUACAGAGGAUACGUUUAAAGUAGAGGAGCCUCCAGUGGAUGUUACAGAGGAGACGAUUGAGGUAGAGGAGCCUCCAGUGGAUGUUACAGAGGAGACGAUUGAGGUAGAGGGGCCUGCAGUGGAUGUUACAGAGAAGACGAUUGCGGUCAAGGAGCCUCCAGUGGAUGUUACAGAGGAGACGUUUGAGGUAGAGGAGCCUCCAGUGGAUGUUACAGAGGAGAUGAUUGAGGUAGAGGCUACAGAGGGGAUGCUUGACAUAGAGGAACCUACAGUGGAUGUUACAGAGGAUACGUUUAAAGUAGAGGAGCCGGCAGUGGAUGUUACAGAGGAGACGUUUAAAGUAGAGGAGCCGGCAGUGGAUGUUACAGAGGAGAUGAUUGAGGUAGAGGAGCCUCCAGUGGAUGUUACAGAGGAUACGUUUAAAGUAGAGGAGCCGGCAGUGGAUGUUACAGAGGAGACGUUUGAGGUAGAGGAGCCUCCAGUGGAUGUUACAGAGGAGACGAUUGAGGUAGAGGAGCCGGCAGUGGAUGUUACAGAGGAGACGUUUGAGGUAGAGGAGCCUCCAGUGGAUGUUACAGAGGAGAUGAUUGAGGUAGAGGAGCCUCCAGUGGAUGUUACAGAGGAGACGAUUGAGGUAGAGCAGCCUCUAGUGGAUGCUACAGAGCAGACGGUUGAUAUAGAGGAGACUGUGGAUACGACAGAGGCCUACCUUUGGGUUAAGCCACCAUUUACAACUCUGGCGGCCAUUACUGAACAGCCUGCCACUAAGGAGACACUUGGUCUAGAGGAGACUGUAGAUGCGACAGAGGCCUACCUUUGGGUUUGGCCACCAGUUACAAGAACGGUCGUUACAGAACAGCCUACCACCGAAAUGAUUACUCUCUUUCCCCCUGAGGAAGAUGCUGAGGAGACCCUCCCAACUGUUGAACCUAAGGAAGAUGAAGGUAAUGUUCUGCUUAUAAACCAAGUGGCAAAAUUUAUGGAAGCAUUUUUUGAUUUCAAUUUCAAUCUUUUUGAUUGAAAUGGAUUUGUAUGUCAUUUUCUGAUAUUUUAAAAUUUUCUUUAAAAAGGACCCACAACUACUGAGGCAGCUUUAGAGGAGCAACCAGAUGGAGACAAUCAAAUUAUCACCACUACAGCAUCUCUAGAUGUAGAACCUGCAUCCAUCGAAACAUUCACCACUGCGACACAAUCACCAAACAUGGCUUUAUUUGAGGAUGAUGUCAACCAAGCAGAGCCUGAGGAAGUCCCCUCAGCAUAUAUUCCCCCCGGACCUUCAAAAGGAGGGGACACCCCCCAAGAAGAGGAACCACUUGAGAUGGACGUGGAUAUCUCUAAUGAUGACUCGGACAUGCAGGAGGAUGUAGAUGUAGAAAAGGUAGAGGACGGUACACAAGCCGCCGAUAAGCUGGACGAGUUUGGCAGUGGAUUGGAAGGUCCAUUUGAGUCCACUGCACCGCCAGCACUCACACACAUGAACACUCCUUUAAUGGCCAGUACUGGAAAAGCCAAAGAAAUGGUGGUGUUCUUUAGUUUGCGAGUCACUAACAUGAUGUUUUCAGAGGACCUGUUCAACAAAAGCUCUCCUGAGUACAGGUCAUUGGAGAAUACCUUUCUUCAGCUGGUAGGUAAACACAUUUUUGUGCUCGAUAUUAUGUUUCUGCAUGCCUUGUUGUCAUACCUAUAUUUUUAGCUCCAAGAUCUUGUUUCAAACUGUUUGAUAAGCUAAUUGUGCAGUAAGUAAUGGUUGGAUGUUUGAAGUGAAGUGAACAUUUAAGUAUCCCCAAGUGAGUAGGGGGCAAUUUUUUAACCUAGACAAGUGAUGAUGUAAACCUGAUUUAAUUAAUUAAUUAAUUACAUUAAUUAAUUAAUCCAUACUGGUGCUAUAUGUUAACAGCCAAGUACAUUGGGGUAGAGUUCUCAGAGUUCAUCAGAAGACCUGUUCAUAUAAAAAACUGGCUACAUUUUGUUUUACUUAGAACCAGUUCUCUGAGCCCAGAGACUCGCCAUAUCCUGGAGCCAGUAAAUCUGGGACUGGGAGACAGAGGACGUUAGCUUCAAUACCGGUAUUUCCAUAUUGGAACUAUUUCUUUCAUGCCUCAGAGAGAGCAUGGCCUAUUUCUUUUCUAACUUUUCUGUACAUAUCUCAAACAUUUAUUAGAAUCUAUCUUAGAAUUUACUUUCAUUGACUAACAUUUGCCUGCGAGUAGCACUUGACAAAAAGUAACAUCUCUACAACCACUGACUCAUUUGUCAAUGGUGCUUGGCUAAAUGAUACAUACCUGCAGUUUCUGAAAUGCACUUUUAGUAAUCAAUCUAAAGAUAUUACGAUUUCUUUCCUGUCUGUUCGUCUGAGUCUUUCAAUUAUUUUAUCUUCUAUGUUAUUUGUUUUGUCAAAGACAGUUACAUUUGCCUUAAUCCUGUGCAUUCUGCUCAAGUUUUGGUUUCUCAGGGUCUCAUUUGGUGUUAAGAGCUAGCUAAUGGCAAAGAGGUUUGUUCAUAAUGAACCAUGUCUAGGGAUGUGUAUAGAAUUUGUAAGUCUGUCCACCAAGAUUUACCUAAGGCUUAUAAGGUAUAAAAGCUAGGAAUAGCUGUUUCAGGUACAAAAUGGUGUAUAGGUAUAUAUCCAGAUGGGUAGCGUUUGUGCUCUCUUUUCACUUUUGCAAGAACACGAGAGAUAAGAUGUUGUCGAUAUUAAUAUCCUGGUUUUUAUCUGUAAGUCUUUUAAAAAAACACAGAGCGAGACAAAUAUUUACAUCCAUUGGUUUUUAGGAACAUCCAACUAUUGUGGACAGCUUAGACGUGCUUGGAAUGAUUUUGAUCUUGUGCUCUGUUGCUUUUUAUUCUCUAUAUAUACACACAGUGCUGCUUGAAAGUAUGUGAACCCUACAGAGCUGGUCAAUAUUUUUGCUAUAAAAUAAACAUAAAAUCCUUAUCUAAACCCCAAUUCGUAAUAAAGACAUUCCAAGUAAAUGACAGAAACAAAAAAAUAUAUAUUUACAUUGUUCAGUUAACAAAAGUGGUUUAUUGAACAGAAACUCAGAUUUGAUGUGUGCAAAAAUAUGUAAACCCCUUCAGUCAAUAGCUUGUGGCACCUCCAUUAGCAGCAAUAACUAUAGCCAGUAAUCAGUCUCUGACAUCUGUUUUGAGGAAUUUUUGCCCACUCCUCCUUACAGAACUCAGCCAAUUGAGUGAGGUUUGAGGGGUGUCUGACAUGAACUGCCCGCUUCAGGUCCUGCCACAGCAUCUCAAUUGGAUUUAGGUCAGGACUUUGACUUGGCCAAUCCAAAACACAAAUCUUCUUUCUCCUGAGCCAUUCUUUGGUAGAUUUGCUUGAAUGCUUUGGGUCUUUGUUUUGUUGGAAGACCCAUUUUUAGCCCAGCUUUAGCUCCUUGACUGAUGGCCUGACGUUCUGUUCAAGAAUCUCCUGGUAUACCUCAGAAUUCAUGUUUCCCUUAAUGAUGUGGAGUCGUUCAGGUCCAGAGGAGGAAAAGCAGCCCCAGAUAUUGACAUUCCCACCACCAUGCUUGACUGUUGGGAAAAGGUUAUUUUGGUGGUAGGUAGUUGGGUUUUUGCCAAACAUAGCAGUGCUAAUUCUGACCAAAAAGGUCAAUUUUGGACUCAUCGGUCCAGAGAAUGGACUUCCAGAAAACUUCAGGUGGUCUCUGACAAAGUUAAGACGGGCAGUUUGGUUCUUUUUUGACAGCAGAGGCUUCUUCCUACCAACCCUCCCAUGAAUGGCAUUUCGAUUCAGUGUUCUUCUUAUUGUUGAAGCAUGCACAGUUACCUGAGAUGCUCUCUAGAUGUUCUGUUUGGGUUGGCUUUUACCUGAUUUAUUAUUGUUCGUGUGGCUCUUGGGGAUAUUUUGGAAGGGCGUCCACUUCUAGGCCAAGUUGCUGUCAUGUUAAAUGCACUCCAUUUGUACAUUAUUUGCCUCACAAUGGACUGAUGGAGCUCAAAUCUUUUUUAUAAUAUUUUAUAACCUUCCCCAGAUGUGCUCUCACUACCCUCAUCCUGAUGUCCUCUGAGAUCUCCUUUCCUCUCGGCAUGGUGUGCUUUGCAUUCACCUGAAUGGGUAACACCAAACGGACCAGGUUUCUUAUCUCUAUUUAUCAGAGUCCCGCCCAAAAACGUUCCUCUCCUUUGAUUGGUUCAUUUGGUAGCUAAUUAUUUACCCACCUGAUUCUACUUACCUACUUGAUUUAAUCAACGCAACUUGGGGUUCACUUAUUUUUGCACCUGCACUAAUUCCUUUUUAAUUUUGUUUUUCUACUACACGCAUGAUUUCCUCUAUACCAGGACUGCCCAACCCUGUUCCUGGAGAGCUACCGUCCUGUAGGUUUUUGCUCCAACCCUAAUCUAGCACACUUGAUUCUUAUAAUUAGCAGGUUGAUAAGAUGAAUCAGGUUAGUAACACCUGGGAUUGGAGUGAAAACCUACAGGAGGGUAGCUCUCCAGGAACAGGGUUGGGCAACCCUGCUCUACACCAAUAUAUGGUGUUGGUAAAUAUAAACCUGUUAUGUCAGAUCAAAAAGACUGGUUCUGAUUAAAUGAAGAUUUCAUGGUAAAAACUGAAAAAAUCUAAUUGCACAAGGGGUUCACAUACUUUCAAGCAGCACUGUAUGCAUUACAAUGAUUGUAUUACAUUCUGACUAGUGUGCAUGCUUACUUUAGCUUGCUACAUCAAUUUGAAAGAGGCAUUGUGGUAAAGGAACGUUUGGUCAUUUUGGGUAUUUAUUAAAAAAACACAAGCCACAUUAAAACAAUAUUUUUAUAUGCUGGCUACUUAUGUGUGUGAGUAGGACUGUAGAGGUGAAUGAAUUGUGCCAAUGGUUAGAUAAACUGAAUGUGGCUGAUAUUGCUAAAAGCAGGAAAGUCUCUGUUUUUUGUACAGUGAUGGGAGUGAGACUUGCUAAACUCCCUCCUAGCUAACUCUAUGUGGACAGCCCCGGGUGAUCUGGAUCAUAGGACCCAAUAGACUACUAUAGCCAAUGUUUACCUUGGGGGGUUUCUAACGGAGUAAGAGCCUUUAGGUAAUGCUGGUUAGCACAAGCACCGCACACAUUUUACAAGGGUACUUUUUUUGUGGUCUAAAUCAGCCUAGUUCAACAUCAGUCAAUUGUGUUUUUGUGUGCACAAACAUGCAUGUACAGUAUGAGAUUUCAGGUACAUCUUUACAGGAUAUAGGCAGGAUUACAGCUAAUAGCAUGGGUAAUACAAUUGGUUCAAGUGCACAAGAGAGAACAAGCUUUCCUCCCAAUACAAAUAGGUUGUAAGGAAUUGGUACGUUGUCACACUGUUUACGUUCAGCAUUGCUAUUUUGGACAGCCCUGCCUCCUCAAGUACAAACCAUAAUCACUUAAGGCCAACAAAGAUAAACAGAGCUUUCUUUUAGAGAUCCGCAUUCAUACCAAUUGCAAUUACAGCUAAUGUUACGAAACUCGUCCAACUUGCCCUCAUUUAAUUGAUAUACAUCAGACGUCUAUAUUUGGUUUUAAGGCUUAGCUUGAGUUUGGCAGUGGGAAAUAUACUUGAAUUUCACAGAAGUGCCUUAACUUUGUGUUAUGUAACAUCCUCAGCCUUUAACUGGGGAUGGAUAUCAAUACAAAUUGGAUUGCCUGCUCUUACUAACAGGGAUCCAGUCACUGCAGAGUAGAACGUAAUCUACAGUACUGGAGGACAGAAAGCUACUGCUGCAGUCUUGAAAUGGAACGUUGUUUAAGUCAAUCAAAUUGAUUUAUAAAGCCCUUUUUACAUCAGCAGAUGUCACAAAGUGCUAUACAGUAACCCAGCCUAAAACCCCAAACAGCAAGCAAUGCAGAUGUAGAAGUAACAUUUAUUUUAUAUUGUGAUAUAAAAUAUAUGAAAACAUAAGCCAGUCAGCUCAUUCUAAUUCACAGCAGUUGUCAAUCGAUGAAGAGAACCAAAAGUUUGGAAUACUAUAGGACAAACUCAUUUCAUAAUCACUUUCUACUACACAGGACAAAAUGCAUGGCAAUCCCUGGACUUUCAGCUGCAUUACUAGAAUGUUUAAUUUAAUUUAACUAGGCAAGUCAGUUAAUUGACUAUUUCAUUAUUUUAUCAUUUGAUAAAAAGGUAGUUACACAGCUGCAUCCAAUAAAGUUAACCAGACAUCUUAUUUUAAUCAGCUACAUAUCUAAUAAAAAAAAUCCAUACUCCAUCUCCAAUUUUAAGUGGUUGCCCAAACCAGGGAUUCAACAUUAUCCAGUGUGUCCAAUUAUUCUGCAAUAGAAAGUUUUCUGCCAAAAACGAAUGUGAUCAGAAGUUUGAAUUGGUAAGUAUUCACAAUAGUUUUUGUAAGUAUAGUUACUACUGUAUUUUUUCAUAAUAGCUUAACUGUCCUUUAAAUGGGCUAUCAAGACAAUGGUCCACAAAUGUUUCAUUUAUUUCAAUACAAAGCAACACUUGGUCAAUCAAUGUAAAUGCCAGUUAUGGCAAGUUCAGACUAAUUUCAUUAGGUAUUUCCAUUUCAGGCCCAUUUAAACGAAAAAUCUAUUUUCUGUUAAACGUCAUACUCCAUUUGUGAUGUAUCCUAGAGCCCCCUGCUUCCCUGUUGUCGUACUACUUAUUUACUCCUGUCUCUACUGGUUUGUGUAGCAACCAAUAACAUUGGAAAUUGAGGUUUAAGUAACUUCAUGCAAAAAUACUACCCAUUUGUUUGAUUCAAAAUGUUUAACUGCAAAACAUUUUCAAUAAUUGAGAAUAUGAUGUGGUGGUUUCACCAGAAAAUCAAAAAAAGAACCAGUAGAUACACGUGUAACAUCUGGAGAAGUAUGAGCGAGUUUGUCAUGCAUACUGUAGGUUUGUGUACAGAAAAACUGUAUUUUGAUGACAUAAUAUACUCUAAAUAGUAUUCUGUUAUUUUCUCAAACAAACAUUGCAAGGUUCUUGCUAUACAGACCUAGCUUGUGCAAAGCAGGGCAUUAAGACUACAGCACAGUGAGGAUUGCUAACUUGUUGGAUUUGAAAUGCUGAGGCAUAUGGAUGUAUUUGAGCAAUACCCCUGCUAGCAGCCUGUUUGCUGGGAGCCUUACUAUAGUAUGAAGCAUGGUGCUCUGCGAGGUGAAUGAGGUUGUAUGAGGCCCAUAGGCUGUGUUUAGACAGGCAGCCCAAUUCUGAUAUUUUUUCACACUAGUUGGUCUUUUGACCAAUCACGUCAGAUCUUUUCACAUCAGAUCUUUUUGCCCUCGGCCUGCCGGUGAUAAGUGGAGUAACCCAAUCUGAUUCAGCUCCAUAAUGCCUCUUAUCUCUUGGUAUACAGGCAUUGAACAGCUGCGUUAAAGCGCCAUCAUCUUCCCUUCUCACAGUAUUUGGUUCUCCUGCAGUUCUCCCUUGUCUAAAUGCAGGUACCUUACUCUUGAAGACGGAGAGAGCAGCUAUAAUAGCAAAUGCUCAGUCUAUUAUUCUUGCUGGCAGUCAGGGCCAUUUUUUAAAUUGCCAAUCAGAAACUUUCAAUGGACUUGGUAAAUGGAGAGAUGCCAUAGAUUUGGCUAGAAUAGAGAACUUGACGGAUUUGAAGAUUGUUCUGGUGGAUUUGAAAACUGUUGUAUUGUUGGUUUUUGUAUUUGUUUCAUGGACAGAUUUUUGUUGUCAGAUUUGUCGUCGUACAGGUCUCAAUGGCCUGGCUUCUCGGUUUCUUACAUUUGAACCUUUUCUAUUUUUACGUGGAACUAACUCAGCCAUAACACCUUACAGAAGGGAUGCUAACUAAUGCAUGGUUUUGUGCUACAUUUAGUAAUGUUGAUCAUUUCAAACCUGCAAUUAGCACGGUUUUAUUAUUGUGAUGAAUGAGAUUAUAUAUGCAUACAUUUUAUCAGUAAAUAAAAUGUGCACUUUUGUUUAAAUGACUCCAAACUCACAGUGAGAUGAGAGACAAAUAUGGGAACUUUUUCAUAAAACAUUAAUUUGAACUCUCUUUUUCCUACCAGGACCCAGAUUAAUUCACUAGUCCUUCAUGGGGACGGCAUUGGUGAUGCUUUUAAGAUGACUUUCAUGUAAAAUACUGUAUCCCAAAUUGGCGUACUCUGUCCCAAAUUACCAUAAUAAUGACCAUUACAUGGUUUUCUAAGUUUGCCAUAAUGCUCUCUUGAAGACCACCAAGCCAACCAUUUCCUCCUUAAAACUAAAAGCAAAUCAAAUCAGAUAGUUUUGAAUGUUAACAGAAUUACUAGUCAAAUUACCCUUAGAGUGGAAUCCCAAAUGUGAAUAAAAGGGAAGUGCUGAAGCAUCAAAUGUGUCCUCUACACACAUUCAUUUAGUUCUCUCCCCUCUUUUCCAGCUUCUCCCAUAUCUGCAAUCUAAUUUGACAGGAUUUAAGCAAUUAGAAAUCCUCAACUUCAGGAAUGGUAGUGUUGUGGUAAACAGCAAGAUGAAGGUAGAAAAAGAUGUGCCACAUAACCUGACACAGGCCGUGCAUUGUGUGCUCGAAGACUUCUGCAACGCUGCAUCCAAACGACUAGACAUUGAGAUUGACAGUCGCUACCUGGACAUAGAACCUGGUAAGCGAUCUCUAUAUUGGCCUCAGAAAGUUCUCACUGUCCUAUGUGAUUGGGGUGGGGGGGGGGGGGGGAUCAUAGACAGAAACAGCUCCUAUCUAAAUGAUGGGGGCCCAGAGGAUUAAUUAUACUUCUAGAAUGAUCAAUCUGGAAAGGUCAAAAGAAUGCAUGCCACCGCAGCAUUACUGCAUUGUCCUCUGCAGAUGAAAAUCAUUACUCUCUAGUCUCACAAGCACUUCCCUGGCUAAAACCUCAUUACAUGCACCUUAUUUAAAACAGACACCUUCAUUCACAUCAAUCAAUGUGCCCUCCAGUUUCUCCUUGACCAGUGCUAUCUGGGUUCCUUGGGACGUCCCUACACUAACCCCUAACCUUAACCCUUAAAUGUAAACUUCAAUGGGGGGUAGGACGUCCCAAGGAUCUCGGAUAGCACGGACCAUUUCUCCUUUGCAUUCGAGGACAAUGAAGGAACAAAUCAGGGUGAGAGAGGUGAAAAGCAUUUAAUUAAUGCUAAUGAAUUAUCCUCGUACUCGUUUCAGCUGACCAAGCAGAUCCCUGCAAGUUCUUGGCGUGCAAUGAGUUCUCCCAAUGUGUGGUAAACAGUUGGACCGAGGAGGCUGAGUGUUUGUGCGACCCUGGCUAUAGCACUACGGACGGCCUGCCCUGCCAGAGCAUUUGUAACCUGGAGGAAGACUACUGCUUCAACGGGGGCCUUUGUGACAUCAUCCAGGGUCAUGGAGCCACCUGCAGGUACCCACGAGCUAACCGACCAAACAGAGAGCUACGGUCCUCACUUUCCACAAACUGAAAUACUGGCAACAUAUAAGCUCUUCUUGAUGUUGUCUUGCAGAAUUUACAUAGACCUUUUAUACUGCAAAAGCCCUUAGGAUUCAACAAUGCUCCAGCACGUGCCAUGGGGCAUUGUUGAAUCCGAAAGGCAUUUUUGACGUAUUAAGAUACAUUUGUUACUGUAGUAGAAUAAACUAUAGCCGAUGGGGUUGACACUAAUCCUGUUUUUUCUCGAACAUUUUAGAUGUCCUGUAGGGAAAUACUGGCACUAUCACGGAGAGCGCUGCAAUGAGCUGGUGUCGCUGCCUGUAGACCCAACCAUUUUCAUAGCCUGCCUGGUGGGAAGCCUCACCUUGGUUUGUGCCAUCAUAGGCAUCUUGGUAUUCAUAAACAAGAAAUGUUUCGGGACCCGAAAGACUGUGACUUUGGUGUAAGCAGGCCUUUAACCUUUUUGCGCCAAUAGCUUUACCAAUUGUUGUUUUACAGCUUGGUUAUUACAAUCUUAUUAUCUCCUCUGUAUUAUAGGCAUACAAUUACUCCUUAUGCCUUUGACAACACAUUGAGAGUGAACCCAGUUUUUGAAAAUGACGAUGGUGUCUUGACUCAAGUAUCCAGCAUAAGUACAACACCACCCUUGAGUAGUGGUGCUGGUUCUUCCCAAACAUCAGAGCAAGAAGCUUUUUGCUCUAUUGAAAAUAUACAUCUAAGUAUUAAGGUAAUCUGUUUAACUCAAUUGGCCCCAUAUUCUAAACAAACUAAUACCACUAAUCCAAACCUUAAGCAGUCAUCACCUGAUAUCUACUAAUUCCGCUUAUGACAAAUAAUCAUUACGAGUCCCAAGAAACAAGCUUCUAUCCUUCUAUCCUGGCUAUAAUAAGAACAGAGCUGACAAAAUAAGAAAAAGGAGAGAUUUUGUGAGUAAAAGUAAAGCUUUAAUGAAGUAAAGUACUCACAUACAGUACCAGUCAAAAGUUUGGACACACCUACUCAUUCAAGGGUUUUUCUUUCUUUUUAUUAUUUUCUACAUUGUAGAAUAAUAGUGAAGACAUCAAAACUAUGAAAUAACACAUAUGGAAUCAUGUAGUUACCAAAAAAGUGUUAAACAACAGUCUUGAAGGAGUUUCAACAUAUGCUGAGCACUUGUUGGCUGCUUUUCCUUCACUCUGCCGUCUGACUCAUUCCAAACCAUCUCAAUUGGGUUGAGGUCGGGGGAUUGUGGAGACCAGGUCAUCUGAUGCAGCACUCAAUCACUCUCCUUCUUGGUAAAAUAGCCCUUACACAGCCUGGAGGUGUGUUGGGUCAUUGUCCUGUUGAAAAACAAAUGAUAGUCCCACUAAGCCCAAACCAGAUGGGAUGGCGUAUUGCUGCAGAAUGCUGUGGUAGCCAUGCUGGUUAAGUGUGCCUUGAAUUCUAAAUAAAUAAGACAGUGUCACCAGCAAAGCACCCCUACACUAUAACACCUCCUCCUCCAUGCUUUACGGUGGGAAAUACACAUGCGGAGAGCAUCCGUUCACCCACACCGCGUCUCCCAAAGCCACGGAGGUUGGAACCAAAAAUCUCCAAUUUGGACUCCAGAACAAAGGACACAUUUACACCGGUCUAAUGUCCAUUGCUCGUGUUUCUUGGCCCAAGCAAGUCUCUUCUUCUUAUUGGUGUCCUUUAGUAGUGGUUUCUUUGCAGAAAUUCGACCAUGAAGGCCUGAUUCACACAGUCUCCUCUGAACAGUUGAUGUUGAGAUGUGUCUGUGACUUGAACUCUGUGAGACAUUUAUUUGGGCUGCAAUUUCUGAGGCUGGUAACUCUAAUGAACUUAUCCUCUGCAGCAGAGGUAAAUCUGGGUCUUCCAUUCCUGUGGCAGUCCUCAUGAGAGCCAGUUUCUUCAUAGCGCUUGAUGGUUUUUGCAACUGCACUUGAAGAAACUUUCAAAGUUCUUGAGACUUUCAGUAUUGACUGACAUUCAUGUCUUAAAGUAAUGAUGGACUGUUGUUUCUCUUUGCUUAUUUGAGCUGUUCUUGCCAUAAUAUGGACUUGGUCUUUUACCAAAUAGGGCUAUCUUCUGUAUAACCCCCCUACCUUGUCACAACACAACUGAUUGGCUGAAACGCAUUAAGAAGGAAAGAAAUUACACAAAUUAACUUUAAAGAAGGCACACCUGUUAAUUGAAAUGCAUUCCAGGUGACUACCUCAUGAAGCUGGUUGAGAGGAUGCCAAGCGUGUGCAAAGCCAUCAUCAAGGCAAAGGGUGGCUACUUUGAAGAAUCUCAAAUAUAAAAUAUAUUUGAUUUGUUUAACACUUUUUUGGUUACUACAUGAUUCCAUGUGUUAUUUCAUAGUUUUAAUGUCUUCACUAUUUUUCUACAACGUAAAAAAAUAGUAAAAAUAAAGAAUGAGUAGGUGUGUCCAAACCUUUGACUGGUAGUGUAGGUUCCGUGGUACAUCUUGAAAACUUCCAGAACAGAUCACAUAACAAAAGCUUAAAACACUCAGAGAGCACGAUGCAUUGCCUGAGGAAGACCAGUAGGCUGAAAUGUGGUGCGUGUUCCGAGUAGUUCUUCUAUGAUCUGUCCUGUUAUUGUUUGAAGACGCACCACAGGUAUAUCACAGAGUACUUUUCUUCAUUCCAUCUUUAUUUCGAAUCGCCAAAGAAGCUCUCAUCGCUCAUACUUUGCACGAUCAGCUCUUUUGCGCUCCUUUUAUUUUCUUUCCACUUAUGGGAUGGCUAGUUCCUUCAACAAACUCUGAAGGAACGCAUUUCUGCUCCAUAGUACAGUGAGAUAUACUUUCAUACACUAAACCCAUUCUAUAGUAUCCUCAUUAUUCAGUAUCCAUGAAAUUGGUUGAACCCUCAAAUGAUAUUGUAAAGAGAUUAAAAUGUCUGUCUAUUUAUCAAUUCCUAAAAUAUAUCUACGUGAAUGCAUUUCAAUUCCCCUGCACAUAUUGGCCAGAUAAUAUAUUUAUUGUAUUGAAGUGAUUUUUUUUGUAGAGAUGUAUUGUGGUGAGUCAUGAUCAAUAUACCCCAAAACAUCCAAGCCUUGGUUAAUUUGAAGUCAGACAUUUGAAGACUAUUACGGUACAUGACAGUGUCAAGAGGAUACUCCAUGUCAAACCAUGCUGGUGAAUGAGUAAUGGUAUAUGGUCUGAUAUACCACGGCUUUCAGCCAAUCAGCAUUCAGGGCUUGAACCACCCAGUUUAUAAUGAGUAAUAAAACCUUGUAGAUGUCCCGUCUAAAACUCAUCUUCUCUGGAACAUUAAUAUUACCCAACCUUCACCCUCUAUGAUGUCUCCCCUUGAAAUUAUAUUUUGUGCCAAACGCCCCCUUUUAAAGCGCUUCCUAGUGUGUUCCUUGCGACCUAUGAACAGUGUAAAGCUUUGUUUCUCUGAUACUUUUCUACAGAUCCCCAGACAGCUCUACACAACUAGACCCGACAAGCUAGUCUCUGAAAUGGUCGAUUUCCAUCACUGUAUACCACACAACGAGGUAGGGUCGAAAUUCUGAUCUUGGGCUCAGUUUGAAUGUGUCAUAUUGACUUAGGGUAGACCCAGGGUUGGGUAGGUUACAUUCUAAAUGUAAUCCGUUUCAGUUACUGGUUACGUUGUCCAAAAUUGUAACCAUUAACAUAAAAGUAAUCAAAGAAGCAAUCAUAUAGUUUUUCAAAAGUCUGUAAUCUGAUUACAAUUUUUUUGCUGGUAACACAACUGAUUUCAGUUACUGUUUUUUUGUAAUCAGUUACUCCCCAACCCUUGGUAGACCUCAGUUGUCCAAUAUGUUUAUAUAUUGUAUUAAAUACUUUCUAGGAAAAGCAUUUAAAAGCAUUAGAAGGUAAGACAUUAGUUGAUAAGGUUGAUUCUGAUUCAUUACUUAACCAAAUCAUAGUUUCUAAAGCUGUUGAGUGUUCCAUUUAAUUUCUUCAAAUCAAAAAGUAUGAUUCAGAAAAUGUCACAGUAAAUCACUGGCAGUGACAUGAGCAUAAUUACUUAUUAGUAGGAAUAAAAAUGAUAAUUGCAAUAUCACUGCAUGCUAAAAUGGAAUUAUUCACCAAAUUAUUGUUUGCAAGAACCUAUAAACAUUCAUUACAACAUGUAUUGUUUGUAAUAUAUUUAAAUAAUGUCAUUAAUCUGGAUUCUAUAAUCAGCAGCUUGAAAGUCAUUAAGGGAUAAUUUCACAUCAACAUUUAGCAUUUAUGAAUUAAUCUCUUUUAAAGUUGGUGUUAAUAAUGACAUACCGGUAAGUAUGUACCGUUCAACUAUUUUAAUUGCGUUAUAUUUAUAUAAUUUAUCACUAUUUUGGGUAUAUUUCAUGUGUCAAUAUGAUUACAAAUGUUAUGUGCAAUUUCUGACAUGAAAUAACAUUUGGUAUACCCUUUUUUCACUUGUCCCCUUUUCAGACGUGGCGGCCACCAAAUGAGUACCGAACCUGUUGCCUGUUAAGGGCAUCAGAUAACGAAUGCUUUGAG